UCCAUUUCCUGUCCGGAGACUAAACACCAAAACAGGCUCAAACUUUGUUCAGGUGUAGGGACGCAGACAGGGUGGCUGCUGGAGGAACUGCGGGGUUAGGCGCCGGUGAGUGCCGUCUGCGCAUGCGCGCGCCGACCUGCCGUCAGCUUUGGGGAGGAAGAGGCGGGGCUAGACCCUCGGUGGAGGCGGGCUUAGCAACCGCUCCCUAAGGCGAUUGGCUCUACGCGGGGAGGGGCCUGCUUCCGCCGGGCGCCGGAAGUGGCUGUCCGCCCCUGCCAGUGAGCUAUGGAGACAGGGCCACAGUAGGGUCUGAGGAGUGAGGAUUGCGGGGUGGCGGCCAUGGAGGCCGUGCUGAACGAGCUGGUGUCUGUGGACGACCUGCUGAAGUUCGAAAAGAAGUUCCAGUCGGAGCAGGCCGCGGGCACGGUAUCCAAGAGCACGCAGUUCGAGUACGCCUGGUGCCUGGUGCGGAGCAAGUACAACGAGGAUAUCCGGAAAGGCAUCUGUCUGCUGGAGGAGCUGUUGCCCAAGGGGAGCAAAGAGGAGCAGAGGGAUUAUGUCUUCUACCUGGCCGUGGGCAACUACCGGCUCAAGGAGUAUGAGAGGGCCCUGAAGUACGUGCGCGGGCUGCUGCAGACCGAGCCCCAGAACAACCAGGCCAAGGAACUGGAGCGCCUCAUUGACAAGGCCAUGAAGAAAGAUGGGCUGGUGGGCAUGGCCAUCGUGGGAGGCAUGGCCCUGGGCGUGGCAGGCCUGGCAGGGCUCAUCGGCCUCGCCGUUUCCAAGUCCAAGUCCUGAAGGACGCACCUUACCUCUGCCACGGGCACCUGCAGGGUCUAUCCAUGCCGCCCCCUUCCCUACGGCCCUCGACACUUCCCUCUCCAGUCUUCAGCCCUGCCCCGAGGCCUCAAACCUUGUACUUGGGGAUGAGUGUAAAUAAACUGGCUCUGGAUUAGUGGCA